AAAACAAGGCAACAAAGUCAGAAUAGACGGGCCAUCUGCUGCCAACACACUCUUGCCUGUUCCCCCUUUUUUUAAAAAAAAACUUUCAGAGUGCUUUCUUCAAGGAGGACCAGUGCGAAAGCUCCAUAAUCCAUGCUUUGCGUGUCUCUUAGCUAAUGUGUACAAAACUCUAAUUUGUAGUAUUACACAGUACAGUACAUGUUAGCCUGUUUUGUAGUGUGUUUUAAUUCAACAAGUCUGCCAGUGAUCCUUUCUUUAAUCAAGGCACUAGAACAGGACAGCCCAAGUUUUGCUUUGUUAUUUAUAGGUGCAGCCGUGCAGGGGCUUGACCUCCUGCCACCUACCUUCCCUGUAUGGCCACCACCCCAUUUAGAUUCUGUUCCUCCUAAAUCUCCUCUCCUCUCCAUUGGCCCUGUACUUCACCAAAAUAGCUUUCUGCCUCACAGCAAGCCUGUCCCAUAAUCAAGGAGCCUCUGUAAGGUCGUUGGAACUUGGCACAAGGAUUUGCAAGGUUGAUUGGUACGGACCACAGAUUGUGAGAUCCAACAACCAAAUCUAAUCGCAGAAAAAGAAAGCCGGCGAAAGGCUUGUGUGGCACCACAUCUUGUCAUCAGGGAAAAUGGGGCUCUCAAUCUCAUACCCACCGGAUGACUACCUGCCAGCAGUGGAGGACAACAUGGGCCGGCUGUUCAUCCGGUCCCUCAGCUUCGACGACAUGGAGGACGCAGCCGAUUCACCUUCCUCAUUGCCCCCUGGAUUCGGCCACGGGAAGCUGAUCAUAGAAGGGUCCCUGAGCUUCAAGAGGAGAGAGGCAGACAACGUUCAGAUGCAGACUCUCAUGUCCGUCAGGAGUCCCAAACCUGACAGAGACAGUUGCAAUGUAAGUCCUAGUGCUGGCACUUCUAGUUCAUCAAGAUUCGGGCCAGCCCGAGACCGUCCACCAGAUCAUCCUGUAGACGGAAGUGAAAGCCCGAGGCACCAGGCCGCGGCACUCAGGCUGCAGAAGGUGUACAAGAGCUUCAGGACAAGGCGGCAGCUUGCGGAUUGUGCCGUUCUUGUGGAACAACGAUGGUGGAAAUUGCUCGACUUUGCGCUGCUCAAGCGGAAUUCGGUGUCAUUCUUCGAUAUAGAGAAGCCUGAGACUGCUGUGUCAAAAUGGUCCCGGGCAAGAAUGAGGGCUGCCAAGGUUGGCAAAGGUCUCUCCAAGGAUGAAAAGGCCCAGAAACUUGCCCUGCAGCAUUGGCUUGAGGCGAUUGACCCUCGACAUCGGUAUGGCCACAACCUGCACUUUUACUACCACCGUUGGCUCCACUGCGAGAGCAAGCAACCAUUCUUCUACUGGUUGGAUGUAGGUGAAGGGAAAGAUGUCAACUUAGAGGACCAUUGCCCAAGAUGGAAGAUGCACAAGCAAUGUAUCAAGUACCUUGGCCCUAAAGAAAGGGAAUCUUACGAAGUGAUAGUCGAGAAUAAGAGGCUGAUGUACAAGUUGAGCCGUCAGAUUGUUGAUACAACCGGAAGCGCCAGGGGAACAAAGUGGAUCUUCGUGCUGAGUACAUGCAAGACCCUUUACAUCGGUCAGAAGCAGAAGGGUGUAUUCCAGCACUCAAGCUUCCUUGCAGGAGGAGCGACAUCUGCUGCAGGGAGACUGGUUGUAGAGGAUGGACAUCUGAAGGCUGUGUGGCCUCACAGCGGGCAUUAUCGACCGACAGAGCAGAACUUCCAGGAGUUCAUGAACUUCCUAAAGGACAGGAGUGUGGAUCUCAGCGACGUGAAGUUGAGCCCGUCAGAAGGUGAAGAAGAUGGCGACUUCAGCCUCAGGGGCAACCACUCGCAGCUGGACUUGACCAAGCUCUGCCAGCAAGAACAGAACCAAGAACAAGAGGCACAAUCCGUGCAGCGCCAUGGCGAAGCCGAAGACGAAGCCGAGACCUGCAACGCCGAGCCCACCCAGCCACCUACCGAGACGAGCACCCCGGCGGCGACGAUCAGGAAGGCCUCCUCAGACAACAGGCUACAAGGGAAGCGGCCGCCGAGGCUGCUGAUCAGCUCCAACAACAGGAUCCCGCUGCCACCGGCUCCGCACUGCAGCAGCAGCUCCCGGCCGUCGCCGUCGCCGGGCGGCAAGGAGAUCGACCCGGACUCGGCCAUGCUAGGCGAGUGCCUCGACUUCUGCAAGCGCAACCUGUUCGCGGAGGACUGGCUCGAUGACCACGGCCUGGACGACCUGGCGGAGGUGCCGGAGGAGCUGAUCCUGAGCCGCAUCAACUCCAAGCGCGCCAUGCGGUCGUACCAGCUCGGCAAGCAGCUGUCCUUCCAGUGGAGCACCGGCGCCGGGCCGCGCAUCGGGUGCGUCCGGGACUACCCGUCGGAGCUCCAGUUCAGGGCGCUGGAGGAGGUCAGCCUGUCGCCCCGCGGGGGAAGGCCGGCGAGGUUCCCGUCGCCGAGGCUGGGCGCGCUGACGCCCAACAGCAUUCCGGCCGGCAAGUGCGGAAGCCUCACCGCCGACGGCGACGGCGUGAGCAUGUCGCUCAAGCCCAGGCAGAGGAGUGCUACCUGGACUGCAUUCUGAGAGGCCGAUGCUGUGGAAGUGUGGAUUGCUCUGCUUUCUUGUUUUGUUCCUCGGGAGGAUGAUGCCAACUGUGCAUAUUGAGAGGGAAAAGUGAGAUGGUAUGAUGAUUCUUAUUGUUGAAGUAGAUUAGUACAAGGAUUAGGAUUAACAUUUGGCAGCAUUGGAUGGUGCCAUUGCUUCACUAAUAGAUGGUCCAAUGAACAUGUUCUUGAGACCUUACUAGUGCAUACGUAGAUAGGAGCAGCAGAGUUUAGCUCGGUGAGAAAAUCGUACGACGUUUCACACUGCACAAAUGAGCAGAUAAUAUAAUACUCCUGGUUAAAUGGAGUACCAUUUAAUGACUGAAGCCAAAUUUAGCAA